AUGAUCUAUACCGUCGCCGUGCCGACCUUUUACGACGAACCCAAGUCCGGUGACCAUUCAACCCACGGAUCCAGGCGUUCAUCCGCUGCUCCCGACUCACCUGGGGAUGGUGAUGAUAAUUCGGGCGGUGCUGCAGCCGCGCCGAUGCCCGAACUCGCAACGGCAAUCCUCCCCUCCACGAACGACGGCCGAGCGCGCAUUCCCAAGCCCGCGGGAGAAGCUGGCCGACCUGACCGCGGAGGAUAUUCUUUGCGAACCGCGCUACGCUCGGAUCCAUCCUUAUACCCCCAGCUUUUGAAACUGGCACGGGACCUGGUGACCAAGCACCUCUCACCAUCCAUAUGUUAUUCCGCUCAGUCCAAACGCGCAUUGGCAGAGGCAAUAAGCGACGGAAGCUCCCAACUUCCAUUGCUCAAUGAGUUCCAAGACUGCUGGCCACUUGUAGACGCGCUCCGCAUGCGCCUUAAGGAGUACCUGCGGAAUGAACUAUCUCUUCGCGUAAACGAUUCCUAG